GCGACAGUGUCGCUGUGUGCGCUGCUUUGCUUACCGCGCGGUGACGUAAAACGCUGCUCGUAGUCCUUCGAGCCGGAUCGCGCAGCGUUGGUGCAUUUGUCCUACAGUUUCGUCCAUCAAAAAUCGGAUCCGAGUCCGCAACAAUCAAACCCACCGUCCACCCGCUCACCGUGUGCAAAGCACACGCACAUGCGAACGCAAAAAAAAGGGUCAAAUUGGUUUGCUGCGCCCUCUCUUCUCCCCCCAUCACCUGCUCCUCUGUCUACCCUAUUCUUGGGGGAGACAAAUAUUACAGCCCAACUGCGUGUGAAACCGUUUAGCGACCUUGAAACGAAAAGAAGUGCAAACAAAAGUGCAGUGAGCAAACAGGCGAAAGAACAAACAAUCAACGACAUUUUUUUUUUUUUUUUUGCAAACCAGAGCAAAAGAACGAAAGCAACACUACGAAACGAAACACUGAGAAAAUAGAACAACAAAACAGUGCAAUAACGAGCAAGCGACACCCAAUGAACAGCAAGCAAAGCAACAAGCAAACGAUGCUGCCGGGAUCGUCCCUGGUGCUGCUGGUGGCGCUGGCUGGGCUGGUGAUGGUGCUGCUGCCCGUCGGCACGGUGCCGGCCGUCCACGCCCAGCAGUCGGACCGGGCGGGCGCACUGAUCGAACCGAACGACGCCCUGUACGAUGCCCGGUACGCGCGGAUCGCGAAGGAGAAGCGCGAAUCGUCCCGCCGCCUGGCGACGACCGAGGAGCACGGAUCGGAAGAGUUCUACGAGCUUCCGAUCGAAUACGCCCUGCAGCUAUCGGAGCUGAACACGUCCGCGGACAUCCUGCCGCUGCUCGAUCCGGACUCCGUCGACAGCCGCAUCUUCAUGGACGGUGGGGAGUACAGUGGACGGGACAUUGGAAUGGAACCGGUGGCGGCAUCGUGCGAGCCGGACUCCGAGCUGGUCAGCCUGCGGCCGGAGAAUCUGACCAGCUCCCGCUACUACUACUACCCGAGCUGUACGCGCGUGAAGCGGUGCAGCGGCUGCUGCAACACCAAGCAGCUCGUCUGCGAGCCCACCGCCAACCGCACCAUCCUUUACAAGGUCACCAUACUGGAGUACCGGCCGAACAAAAAGGAUCGCUUUUCGCACCGCGAGCUGGUGCCGAUCGAGGAGCACGUCCGGUGCAAGUGCCAGUGCCGGGUGAAGGCGUGGCACUGCAACGAGCGCCAGCUGUACAACGCGAACAACUGCCGCUGCGAGUGCACCAACCGGGCGGACCGGGACGAGUGUGCCCUGGAGAGCGACAGGAAGCAGUGGAACCCGGCCACCUGCACCUGCGACUGUCUGCCGCGGAACGAGGACUGCACCAGCGGCUCGCACUACGACCGCAACGCGUGCAAGUGUGUCCCGAACGAUUUCUACGCCUACGAUGGGGUUGCAUCGUACUGGGACCAUCAGAAGCAGCAGCAGGAGCAGCAGGAGCAGCAGCAGCAGCAGCAGCAGCGACCCAUUCCCCUGACCGGGUAAACGCGUGUGCGAAUGCCGUGGCUGUAGCGUGGAGGGGGUAAAGGAUGCUUCCCCGGGAGUUUUUUUGUUUCUAGUACCAAAACCGUUACCGAUCCUUGGUAGCGCCAUUUAUGCCAGUUACUGUACUUAGCUGUAAGCGAUAGUCAAUGUUUUUUUGGAGUAGAUAUAAACACACACGUAGAGAGGGAUGCACAGAGAGAGAGAGAUAUUGAGUGUACGAGUGAGAGAGAGAGAAAGGGAGACACACAUAAAUAAGUAAAACACGGCAGCACGGUUCCGGGUCGGCGUGCAUGAAGAACAAGCCCUGGCCGGGGCGGACGUGGAACCAAUCGCUGGACGACCGGCGGCGCCUCAUCGUGAAACCGAUCCCGGUAGUAACCGAUCCGUGAGCGGAGUUGCUGCCAUCAGCGGGCCCUGCCCCUUCCCUGGCGUCCACAAUCAUCAUCACAGCAGCAAAGAAGCAGACGGUCAAACCAAACGUAAGGAACCACCGGAAGGACGCGCGCGAAAUUUGGGCAGGCACACUCGCGGAAUGUUAUUAAGUUAUUUGUUCGCUCGCAAAGCGCAGGGAGAAACACAUCGCAGGGACACAGGAUAGGGCGACCUACCGGCAGGGCAGUCAGCGUAAACUUUGUAGGAAGCCGCACAGAUAGGAUUGUUUUUUUUUUUUUUUGUACAGUAGGUUUUUUAGCUCAGCUCAAGAUGGCGGAAAAUGAGCGCUGGUGCGAAAUGUGCUAACAUGAUGGAGAGGUAGGAGCAACAGUUAGGCUGCAAAUUGUUUGUAGUCUAUGAUUGCAAAGCACUAUUUUUGGCAAAAUUUCUCAAUUCAAUUCAAUAGGGACACACCAUUUAGAUCAAUCUUUCAACUCUGCGAUAAAAUGUUUGUAGUACAGUUUGUUCUUUGCUCCCAAAUAGGCCUCAGUUUCGGCUAGACGAAAACUUCUUCCCAGCUGUCUCGAUCUGCUUCACUUUACGGUUGUUAUUAAUAAUUUGGUGGAUUUUUGUAAUGUUUUGAGCGGUAAAUAACUCGUUUGGGGCUUCCUCAGUGCUCACAUCACCAUCCGUUUAUACAUAGUAUUCCAAUGCUUGAAUGUUGAUUUUGGGGUGUCUGAAAACUCUUCAUAAAGACUUUUUUCUGCAGUUGUAUUCUUCCCUUCAAACACAAAUUGUGUAACAGACGGUACAAACUACACACAAAAUGGGUUAAUUUCUUCCAGUGCUAUCUAUGUGUUAGGCAACACAAACUUCAGCCGACCUGAUAGGACAAAUUAAGCGAAAAUGAAAAAUAAUGAUAGACGAACUUCCAUUUACGGUCCGGAACAUAAUCAAAGCACGCAUUAGUGCUUGUUUUCCAAAAAAAAACCAUCUUGAGAGAGAAAGAGAGAGAGAGAGAGAGAGAGAGAGAGAGAGAGAGAGAGAAACAAAGCAAACUAUAUAGUUAUAGGAAGAGACUACACACGAAAGCUAGACGACGAAAAUCGGCAUACUAUGCAGAUUGCAUUUUUUAUUUUUUUUUUGUUUUGUCGUAUCAAGCUCAUCAAAGUAGGAGGCAAUAUUGUUAAGUAUCAUAUAAAAAGAAAAAUCACGAUCGAACAUGUACAACGUAAACACAGA